UUUAAUGUGUGUGUAUAAAUAGGACCAAUCCACAUUGCAUAACAUUAACUUUCUUUGCCCAAAAAACCACUUUCUCUCACACUCUCUCUCCUUCUCCCUGUUUCAAAGGAGCUCUGUUUAUUAAAGUUGAACUUGAUUUUUAAUUUUAGAUCAUAAGAUCACGUUAUAGGAAAAAAAAAAUGGGAGUCCUUGACCAUCUGUCGGAUUAUUUCACAAUAGACAGACCAAGGAAGAAGCGAAAAGCAAUGCAGACAGUUGAAAUCAAGGUGAAAAUGGACUGUGAUGGCUGUGAAAGGAGAGUUAAAAAUGCUGUCACCUCCAUGAAAGGAGCUAAACAAGUGGAAGUGAACAGAAAACAGAGCAAAGUAACGGUGACGGGUUAUGUGGAGGCAAACAAGGUGUUGAAGAAAGUGAAGAGCACAGGGAAGAAAGCAGAGUUGUGGCCUUAUGUUCCGUACAACUUGGUGGCUUAUCCUUACGUGGCACAGGCAUACGACAAGAAAGCACCGUCAGGUUACGUUAAGAAUGUCGUUCAAGCCCUUCCCAGUCCAAACGCAUCUGAUGAAAAGUUAGUCACCAUGUUUAGCGAUGAAAAUCCUAAUGCAUGUUCCAUCAUGUAAAUGUAAAUGUAAAUGUUUUUAAUUAUUAAAUAAAUCCAAUAUAAAAUAGUAAUUAGUUAAGAAUAGGAUUAUAUGUUUUAUGUCUUUUUACUAGCUCCAACCUUGUACGUUCUCUGAGUUUGUUUUUAGUUAACUGGGCGAAAGAACUUUUUCUUUUUAAUCUUUUUGGUUAAACUUUGUAUGCUCUGCAUUAAUAUUAGUUAGCUUUUUUUAAUCA